AUAGAGUUUUAACAUUUAGUUUUAGUUACUUUUUCUUAUUUGUAAGUCUCAUUGGAUCAAAGCGUCUGCUAAAUGACUAAAAGUAAAGUAAAAGUAAAGUAUGGUUCAAAAACACUAUAGUAUUUACUAUGAAUUACUGUAGUAUUUUUUUCAUGUGGGACAAGGCAACUAUAUUACAGGGGCAAUGUUUAUUGAUGCUGAAAAACCUUUGGAAGAAGGACUAGUUUGCUAGUUGAUGUCUAGUUUCCUAGAUGAUACUCUUUAACCUGUUGCUAAAAUAGCAAGUGGAGUUUUACUAAUCCCUUAAUUUGAUUAUCCUGAAAGCAUUUCUCUUCACAUUCAGCUCUUCAUAGGCAGUGCUUCAGCUCAUCUAAAUGGCUCUUCUUUUGGCCUUGUUAUGUCUCAUAAGUGUUGCAGAUGUAUUAGGAAAGCAAAAGAUAAAUUCAGAAAAUAUAACACGGAUUCUAGACCGACUUCUUGAGGGUUAUGACAAUCGACUGCGCCCGGGAUCUGGAGUCUCUGUAACCGAGGUCAAAACAGACAUAUUUGUCACCAGUUUUGGACCAGUAUCUGAUGUUAAGAUGGAGUUCACCAUGGAUAUGUUUUUCCGCCAAAUGUGGGUUGACGAGAGGUUAGCCUUUCAGGGGCCCGUUGAAAUCUUGCCUUUGAACAACCGCAUGGUGGACAAGAUCUGGACGCCCGACACGUUUUUUCGCAAUGCAAGGACGUCCCUCGCACACAACAUGACGUCUCCCAACAAGCUGUUUCGAAUCAUGCAAAACGGAACAGUCUUUUACACCAUGAGGCUGACUGUAAGUGCAGUAUGUCCGAUGGUGUUGAUGGACUUCCCUAUGGAUGGACACACAUGUCCUCUCCUGUUUGGAAGCUAUGCUUACACUAAUCGUGAAAUUAUCUACACGUGGAGGAAGGGUCUUCAAGCAUCGGUGGAUUUUCCUCCAGAAUCAUCAAGCCUACUUCAGUAUGAUCUUGUGGGCCAGACCUUGUUCAGUGAAACAUAUAAAUUCAGCACAGGUCUGUAUUCUGUCCAGGUUGUCCAUUUCUAUCUUCAGAGGAAGCUUGGCUACCAUCUCAUCCAAACGUACAUCCCAUUGAUUAUGGUGGUUGUGCUGUCACAAGUCGCGUUCUGGAUCAACAAGGAGUCUGUCCCGGCUCGGACAGUGGCUGGAAUCACCACUGUGCUCACCAUGACCACUCUGAGCAUCAGCGCCCGCUCCUCGCUGCCCAAAGUCUCCUACGCCACCGCCAUGGACUGGUUCAUCGCCGUCUGCUUUGCCUUUGUGGCUUCGGCCCUCAUCGAGUUUGCCGCGGUCAACUACUUUGCCACACUCGAGGCCAACAGGGAAAAACGCCGGUUCUCCAGGGCCUCCGUUCUGGAGUCCAUAGCCCAGGGCAGCGACGACGAGCCGGAGACGCCUCAGUCUGAUACCAGUGGCUUUAGCCGCAGAAGACGGGCCAACUCUGUGUCCGAGGCGCCCAUGGCUCGCUAUCCCAUCUUCCUCCAGGGCUCGGCCGUCCCACCCAACAUGAUGCUGGCAGGCACCAGUGCCAUAGACAAAUACGCCCGCGUCCUCUUCCCUCUGGCCUUUGGGAUCUUCAACCUCAUCUACUGGUACAUCUACCUCAGCAAGGACACCAUGGAAAAGCCCAGGGAGAUCGAGUGAGUUUCUCCUGAGAAGACGAGACCGUGUAGGCUACUCGACUUUCCUUUGGACCUCUGUCUCUCACUUUCGUCAUCUAGCAACUUCAUCCCUGACAGAGCACGAGGCUGUCUAACACUAUUUGACAAGCAUUUGAUCCUGUUCCUUUCCUAUUUUGUCAUCUAUAUAGACUUUCCACUCCAUUUGCCUUUAUAUUCGCAGCCGAGGGCCACGUUGUUAUACUAACCCUGGUACAUGGCAAACCCUCCUCUGGUUCUGCUCUGGUUCUGCUCUUCUGCAUGUGUGCGUGUGUGUGUGUGUGUGUGUGUGUAGCACACUAAGGAGUUGAUGACAUAAUCUGCAGCUCUAACUGGUGAUGCAACAUUCAACCAAUGCUUUCAGUGGCCUGCCCUCUACAGAGACACGGCUCGCACUGCACUAGAUCAAAAGCGCCGGGUUUAUACUGACAGCUUCAAAGAUUUCGCUUUGGAAAUAGAGGAGAAAAAGUGCAUCCAUAGAACUCAACUUGUACGAACACCAUUCACACGUGUGCGUUUGCAGACGCGUACGCUCCCUCUCUUGACGCGGUGGCGCUGUAACAGAGGGAUGGAGUAAAUCUCAGCGUGUGGGGUGGAUAUUUAAUAUGUAUUCUCAGCUCACGGUCUGUUUGAUGUUUUCUGAUGUUUCUCAGUGCAUCUCAGCUCUCUCUCUCUCUCUCUCUCUCUCUCUCUCUGUUGGGAGAACAUGCACAUGCCCAGGAAUGCAUGAAUGCAUACAACUCAAAAGACUAUUGUGCUUAACAUAAUAAAUGGGUUUUAAAACCCAUGGGGAGACAAUGUGGCACUGAGGAAUAGACAUGAAGGUGCUAAUGUAAUAAUCUCAGGAAUUAAGAAUUUAUACUUGCAUUAUGUACUUGAAUAAUGCGUGUGUGCAUUAGCAUUUCUCACCUAAUUAAGAUAUUUUUUUGUUUAUAUGUGUUAUUUGUCUGAUGGUCAACUCGUGCAGUCCA